AUGUUUUUGCUUAGGCCAAGAACUGUAUUGCACGGACAUUUGCUAACUCAAUCAUUGGGGUUGCGGCAAUUGCCAAAGAUUUCACGGACAUUCCAUAACCUUGCUGUUGCCUUUAACGAACAAAAGGAUAAGAAGAAGUACGUAUUUCUUAAGAAGCAGAAGCUUGAAGGUUUUUCUUCCAGUACUGGUGAAGAAAAACCUCAACCAUCUUCAGAACAGCAAGCCGAAUUCAACGAAGCAUAUGGAGCUACCAAGAAAACUCAAACAACUUUUUGGGCUCUGGCCAUUGUGUUCAUUGCUGUUGCAGGUGUUGAAGUUUAUAGGAAAAGAGAUGAAUUUAUGAAGUGGUACAAUAGUAAGGAAGCUCCUGAUGCUGAAUUGAAUAUAGAGUCUCCAAAUGCGGAGAUUUCUAGCAGGAAGGUGUUCCAUUUGGACAAGAAAUUACACAAAGUGACUAAUCCAAAUCCUUCAAGUGUUCCCGGAUUAUACGUUUGUGGUAACAACAAACAUGGAAUCUCAUCUGAGGACUCUAAAUUGGAGCAACAACUUGUUAUGAAAAGGUUGAGUAUUUUUGACAACGUUCUUGCCAGAUCCGUUUGCUUGGGCAAAAAGUCCGGUGCCUUGGUGGAUGAUCAUGGUGAUUUAUUUCAGUGGGGAGAGGGCUUUGGAGGCGAUUCCAAACAUCCAACAGUUAAAGGAGAAAAUUUGCUCAAGGCUGAAAUCAGCAAUGAUACAAUAUAUGCUUUGAACUCCAAAGGUGAGGUAGUUUACCUACCAGAAAGCAUGGAAGACCAGAAGUAUUUCUCGAGUAAGAAAAAAACGUGGCUGGGUACCCAGGUAAAAGCUUUUAAGAGGCUUACUGUUACCGAGCCCAUACAGGACAUUCAAUGCGGCAAAGAACACAUUGUACUCCUCACUAGAGACGGAGAAGUUUAUACUGCGGCUACAGGAUUUUCAAAGCCAAUCGAGAGAUCAUGGGGACAGUUUGGCUUACCAAACUUUUCACAAUUUGAUGAACCUCCCAGAAUUAACGAGGUCCACAACGUGACACUUUUGAAUAAGUUUGUGGAAGAUGGCAAGCUCAGAAAGAGACAUAUCAAACAGAUCGCUGCUGGAGACUUCUUCACGAUGUGUUUGGACUCCAUGGGCAGAGUUUGGGCCUUUGGAAAAAAUACUUUUGGUUCAAUUGGAAGAGAAAUGGACUAUAAUUCAGAAGUGAUUUCUUAUCCGUCAGAGGUAAAACUUGUGUCCAAAUACUUUAAACGGGACGAGCUUCCUCGGGGCAUUAGCAUCGCUGCAGGUGGAGAUACUGCAUUUGCUACUUAUGCGUCUUCCAAUAUGUACCACCUUUUUGAGAAGUCUUUGCAGGAAGAUGUAUCGUUUGGUAUGGAGGACAUUAAAGAUCAGGAGCUCGAAAAUUUGGUGCAUAUGGCAUGGGGUCAUGGCUUAAAGGGACAGCUUGGAUCGGGCCAUUACAUUCAUGGGCAAUAUGAACCAACCAAGAUCAAAAAUUUGAAUGAUAUCAAGGAAUACAAUGAAAGUACACAGAGGGUGGAGGAGAUAGGCGUCAAGUCGUGGGCUGUUGGCGGAAGUCAUAUUAUGGUUACAUUGACCAACAACGAUGUUUAUGGAUGGGGGGACAAUGAAUUUGGUCAACUAGGCAAUGGCAGGCAUGGCAGAGUUCCUGAAGCAGUUCCCAUGCCUUCAUUACUAGAACCAGAUGAUACCAGGAAGACUAUGACUUUAACUGAGGUGAUCAACGAUCGCUUGCAAUUGGCGGACACCAAUAAAUUCCAGCAAAUUAUCGCAGUUGGUCCUGAUACAACUGCCGUGUAUUACAAGAGAAAGUAA